AUGUUGACAUCAGCUUUGGCCUGUCAGUCAUUGCCACACUACUCUGAUUUUGAUACAACUUCAGAGAGUGGUCUUUCUGAUUUAUCAUACGUUCUUCCUUAUCGUCCGAAAAAAUCUUUAACCAGGAAUAAACCUGUGAAAGCUAGUCCUGGCGAAAUAAGGCUUGGAGCAAGGGCGAUGAGAAGAUACGAAAAUGAAGUUUAUUUAAAUACAUUAGCUGUGAUUACUGAAACCGAUGGAGACAAUAUUGAUGAUUGUUGGCCUGAAAGUUUUAAUUAUUGUUCAACGUUUACUAAAUUACUAGAAGAUGAGAAUAUUCGAGCUGCUUGGGAUGCAUUUAUUCAAUUAUCUGAAAAAGAACAAGGGAAGCUUCUUGGUACACUUCGUGUAAAAAACAAAAUUAAUGAUGAUGAGAUGGCAGGUAGUGAUGAUUAUGAUAAUGAAGAUGAUAUACCAUCAUAUUCUUCUGCUAUUCACCAUACCCCGUCUUCUUUAUCUAAUCCAAAACGUCAUAUGAAACAUCGAUGUAGACGAUCUAAACGUGAAGAGAGGAAGAAACGAUUUGAUGAUGUGAAUUCACUGCUACAAUCUAAUCUUAAUAUGUUAGGUGUAUCUGUUCAAUCAGAAGAUAAUAACAAUGUAACCAAAGACAAUUUGCAUGAUUUAGAAAUAGAACGGCGUAUUCCUACUCGUGUAUUAUCGCUUGUAUCAGACUCUAUUCCUACAAACAUGAUGACGAUGAACAAUUUAAGACACAAUCGAAAACGUUGUAAACGUCCACUUACUCCGAUUGAUAUUUGUUUAAUGCAACGAGUUGAAGUUGAGUUGAGACAGCAUUUUUUCUCUCAAAUUAAUUCAAAUAGUAUUGUUGGUCGUUGGACACCAUCAUUAUCAUUGUUGUCACAGUCAAUGUCACCUUCAAUGACUAACAACUGUACGAAUAAUAAUAAGAAUUAUUAUUCACAUCCAGAUCUAUUGUGCUUGGAUCCAUUUCAAAGAUUAUUGGUUCAUUCAGUUGCUGGCUAUUUAGGGUUGAAUUCAUAUACUAUUCGAUCGGUCAUAAUCAGUGUACAUAGCAGCUGAGACAAAAAGAUGUGUGUUCUGGUUCAAGUCUCCACACAGACAGAUCAAAUGAACGAGGGGAAUAGUCUAAAUGAUUUGAAAUCUUAGUAGUAUCAAUGAUGGUAAACAUAGAGAAUAUGUUACUUACGGUUUGUACUUCCCCACUGAGGAUUACAACUGACCAAUCUCUGUUAGUGUACAUGGUCUAAUUCACUGGGUGAACGUCAAUUAUGGGUGGAACAAAUUUUAGGUAAAUAUAGUCAACCACCAAAGCAACACUUUGUGACGUUAAUUGAACAAAAAAUCAAACAAUCAUCAAAAUCAUUGUCAUUGAGUACAUGAUAGUGAUCGCUGGUGUGUGUGUGUGUGUGUGUGUGUGUGUGUAAAAGAUAGUUUACUUCCCUACCAUUUUUAAUUGUUGCGCUGUUUUCCCCUUUUCAUCUAACUAUUCCGUUAUAAAUCACGUUUAUAAUAAUAAUAAUAAUAAUAAU